GCUGCGUAGUCCGCUCUCUGCCGGUAAUAGAAAACCACGAGUGGUGCUGUUUCUCCGGUGGAAGAAUCCAUCUUAAAGUGAGCUCUCCGGCGGUGUGACCAGCGACUAGGCCCCUGUACUCCCCGGCUUCGUUUUCUUUGCUAAUUGUAUCAAUAACACCGCAAAAUGUCGGAGACUGAGCAGCAGUACAUGGAAACCUCGGAAAAUGGCCACGAAGAAGCCGCCGAUGACUUGAAUGGAGCCGGCCAUGCCGAGGAGGAUAACGGAGCCGAGGUCGACGAGGGCUCCCAGAACGGUGGGUCGGAGGGAAACCAGAUCGACGCCAGCAAGGGAGAGGAGGAUGCAGGGAAAAUGUUUGUUGGUGGUCUCAGCUGGGACACGAGCAAGAAGGAUCUCAAAGAUUACUUCUCCAAGUUUGGUGAGGUGACUGACUGCACCAUCAAGAUGGACCAGCAGUCUGGCCGGUCACGGGGUUUUGGUUUCAUCUUGUUCAAAGACCCCGCCAGUGUUGACAAGGUUCUUGAACGAAAAGAGCAUCGACUCGAUGGGCGCCAGAUCGACCCAAAGAAAGCAAUGGCCAUGAAGAGGGAGCCCAUCAAGAAAAUCUUUGUUGGCGGCAUUAACCCGGAAACUUCCAAGGAGGUCAUCGAGGAGUACUUUGGGCAGUUUGGUGAGAUUGAGGGAAUUGAGCUUCCUCAAGACUCAAAAACGGAAAAAAGAAGAGGUUUUGUGUUCAUCACGUACAAAGAGGAGGCAGAUGCCAAGAAGGUUAUGGAAAAGAAGUUCCAUACUGUCAGUGGAAGCAAGUGUGAGAUUAAACAAGCCCAACCCAAAGAGCUCUACCAGCAGCAGCAGUACGGAGCCCGCUCAUUCGGUGGACGCGGUAGGGGCCGCCCAGGCCCGGGUCAGAACUGGAAUCCCGGCUACAACUACUGGAACCACGGAUACAACCAAAACUACGGCUAUGGACAAAACUACGGAUAUGGCGGAUAUGGCAACUAUGACUACUAUUACGGCUAUGGGGGUGGCUACGAUUACAACCAGGGCAAUACAGGCUAUGGGAAAACUCCAAGACGUGGAGGCCACCAGAAUAGCUACAAGCCAUACUGAUCACACGUAGUGCAGGUCUAAAGUAAAUAAGAAAGAGGUCCAUGGUCUGACCACAGCGAACAUGGACUCUGGCUUUUCCUUUGGAGUUGGCAGAAAUUUGGACUCAUGCUCCAUUUGUACAGAUCAAGUGAGGAACUGGGGAAGCAAAUGUCACUUUUCCACUUUUUAUUUUGUAUUGUUUUGUGUCCAUUUACAUUUCCAGUGAUGGAAGUGUUAUUUUUACUGUACUUUUUGGUACCUUUUUGAAUAUAAUGUAUUGUAUGGUUGUAUUUUUACAUGUCUACUGGAUUAACAGAUGCGCAGGAGCGAGGGCUUUCAAAGCUCACGAAUAAAACGAUUGCUUUUUCCGUUUGGUGUUUGUAGAUCUUUAGUUUUAAUCUCACACGCUGAGCGUUGGUUUGAAAUGCAUGGCCUCUGUGGUGGGGUGACGUUGGACGAGGGCUUGGACUAAUCAAAGGGUUCUUUGUAAGCGUGUCAUUGAAUGUGUGCAGAUGGACUAGUAGACGGUGACAACCAGCAUCUUUUUUUUUUGUUUUUUUUUUCUUUCUUUUUUUUUGUUUCAGUUGUUUUGCUUUUAAAGGUAUUUUUUCCCAUGUUUGCAUUUUAAGUGGCUUUACUAGUGUUAAACAAAGGCAAGCCUGCUCUUGUAAGAGGGCACUCCCUCUCUCACCGGAAACUCAUUCCUCUAGUGUCUUGGUCAAAUUGAUAGAAAUAAACUUUUGAUUUAUAUUACAAAUGGAUCUUUUUGUUAUUAUUUGUAAAAGUAAGUGUUAAAUGAAUUACUGUACUGUUAAAUGGCUUGCUUGUCUUGUUAAUGUUAAAACUGAUUCGGGGUCAAGUUCGAGCGUCACAUGCAAAGGUAACCAAAGCCUUCGUUGCUGUCCACCAUGGAUGGAUUUGUUUACCUGAGUGCGUUCCUGUUUUUGUUCAUGUGCACUAGAUUGUGGUGUGGUAAGUGUGAACCUGAAGUGUACUGUAGGAGUCAAAAGAAUGAUCAGGGUUUAUUUGGGAAGACAUACUUUCUUACAGGACAAACAUUUGGCAGCAGGGCAGUUACUGUCAUGUCCUCCGAGCAUUCACUGUCCAGUUGAGCUGUGGGGUGAAAGAAAAAAAACACAGUGACUGAGGAAGCAGGUGGUCUCCAACGCCUCACAAUAUUUAAACCUCACCACUAGGAGUCAGUGUUGUAAUGGAACCUGUGAUGCCAAAUGAAACAAGUGAACGUGUUUAUGAUCUGCUGGAAUUUGAAGUACAGAUAUUUAUUUCUCUACCUCUUGAACAUCAUGAAUGUGACCAUCUGACAAUGUCUGAUGCUAUUAAAACUUUUUU